GUAACGAGCAAAGCCUAGAGAUCCUCCUUCUUCGCCGGAACUUGCCCGUCUUCUGCUUUCCUCUCUAAGCCGGCGAAAAUGACCAAGAGAACGAAGAAGGCUGGAAUUGUCGGCAAAUAUGGAACACGAUAUGGUGCCAGUCUUAGGAAGCAGAUCAAGAAGAUGGAAGUGAGUCAACACAGCAAGUACUUCUGUGAGUUCUGCGGAAAGUAUGCCGUUAAGAGGAAAGCUGUUGGCAUUUGGGGUUGCAAAGAUUGCGGGAAAGUGAAAGCAGGCGGUGCAUACACAAUGAACACGGCUAGUGCUGUGACUGUUAGGAGUACCAUUAGGCGUUUGAGAGAGCAAACCGAGAGCUAGAUCCGAAAAAUCAUAACGGCCAUCACUGAGAAGUCAUUUUUGUUCUAUCAAAUACUGAGUUCCAUAGGCUUUUUCUUUUGUUACUUUCUUGAUUCAUAUUAACUAAGAGAAGAAGAGAAGUGUCCUCUUUGACUCCUUUUUGUUUCUAUAUUGAACCUUUCAAUUCCUAUUCAAUGAAGUCAAAUUCAAAAA